AUGCUUUGGCUUGAGCUCCGAGCAUCCAUCGUUACAAGCUACAUACUCCGUACAGCUGGCCGUUUUUCAGCAUCAAAAAAGAUGACUCUCACGUCAUUUAUCCGCGAUGAGCGCAUCAUCCUUGUUGGCAUUGGGGCCGCUACUUUUGGCCUGGUCACUAUGAUGACCCAGAUGCUGACGUACAUUCGCGACGACAACGAAGUAAAAGUCACUCCGCCAAAGACGCAGUACAUUACACAAGAAACCGAAGACGCGCUUGGCCUUGAUACUCUCGACAAGCUGCUAUGCCACCCCAACUUCUCCAUUCGAGAUGUUGCCAUCAAAAUACUUUGCGACCGUGCUGUAAACGACAGCGGUACGGUGCGACAGCUCCUCUACGGCAUCACGCGACCGGACUACGAUACUCGUAUGAAGAACCUUCGUGCCCUGGCAACGCUUACUGGGCAGACUAAUGACUUCGCAGAGGGCCUGUCGAAGUUGCACACAUGGAGAGCGUACUCUGCCCUCGUCAGAUCCCUUGAACUAAGUCUCGACGAUACGGAGCAAACGAAACUCGACGACAAAUACUGGGACGAAUACUACCUUCGCGAUAUGGCUGAGAGGUUCUGCCUCAUGUUCGUACUCGAGCUCAUCACCAAGUACGGUGCCGACAUGUUGGUCAAGGCCAAGUUCGUGGAAAAGUGGUUGGCCAAACAACACUGGGGAGACACCGAAGCCGAAAGGCAGGAAAACUUCAUAUACUACAUGGAGCACAAGAAUAACCGCAUCGUCGACAUUGUCACGAGGAUCGCACACACUACCCAAGGCGCAAAGGCGAUCCUCGCCUGCAACCUCGCCGCCAAGACGAGUUUCGACCUCAACCCAGACACCAACUUGGCCGGAUUCACCAUUGCCUUGCAGUCCACAUUGUGCAAUGCAGACGUUGAUGACGACGCGGAAGCGCUGCAAGCAGUCGAGCAAGUCCCUCGGACACGAGAGCACUCGGCCGAAGAACAGCGUCUUAGGCGGCAGCACCGUGAGGCAAUGGUGUUCAACGACGCUAAACACCAAGCAUGGUUCCAGCAGAAAAGCAAAGAAAAGUCCCAGCAGUACGGGCGGGAUCGCGCAAGUGCCCGACAGGGACACACAAUGUUUUCUGUGGAGGAACUCCUACUCAGCACAGACCAGCGAGAGGAUGGAUAG